AUGGAAAGUAUCCUGUACAGCAUCUUCACUACUGUCAUAGUGGCAGAGUUUGUAUUUGGAAGUUUGAGCAAUGGAUUCAUAGUGCUGACAAACUGCAUUGACUUGGUCAGGAAAAGAAUGCUUCCUUCCAUUGGUUGGAUCCUGCUUUUCUUGGCCAUUUCCAGAAUGGUUUUGAUCUGGGAAAUAUUACUAGCAUGGCUAAAAUAUCUGCAGUAUUCAUUUUCAUUUGUGGCUGGAACAGAACUAAGGGUUAUUAUUUUGACCUGGGGAGUUUCCAAUCACUUUAGUCUCUGGCUGGCCACCAUCCUCAGCGUCUUUUAUUUGCUCAAAAUAGCCAGUUUCUCCAGGCCUGUUUCUCUAAAGUGGAGAGUAAAGCAAGUGCUUCUGACAAUCCUUCUGGGAAAUGUGAUCUUCUUGCUGUUAAAUAUAAUACAAAUAAACAAACACACAGAAGAGUGGAUGUAUCAAUAUGAGAGAAACACGACCUGGAAUUCCAGAACAAUUGGUUUUAGGAGGUUUUCACAGCUAGUCUUAUUCAAGAUGAUUAUGUUCUCUUUAACCCCGUUCAUGGUGGCCCUGGUCUCCUUCAUCCUGCUUAUUGCCUCCUUGUGUAAACAUCUCCAGAAGAUGCAGCUAACUUUCAGAGGGGAACGAGACUCCAGGAAAAAAGCCCACAUGAAUGCCUUGAGAAUUAUGGUCUCCUUCCUCUAACUCUAUGCCUCUUAUUUUAUAUCAUUUUUUAUAUCAUUGUUUCCAAUGGUACAUCAAAGAGGUCUAGAUCAUAUGUUUAGCCUAACUGUUGGGUUUUUCUACCCUUCCAGCCACUCAUUUAUCUUGAUUCUGGGACAUGCUAAUUUAAGGCAGGCCUGUCUUUGGGUGCUGAGGCAGUUGAGAUGUGGGCAAACACAUUAG